CUGGAUCACAGUUUACGGACAACAACGCAUCUAACAAGAACACCCGGCUGGGAAAAAAGUUGCUAAUUUGCCACAAAUCACAAAGCUCAAGUAAAUCCCCUAGAAGUUUUGUAAACAAUCUCAGCAAUGACAAAGAUAUUUUCCAUUAUUUUGGCAUUGUCCUUUGUGGCGGUCAUAUCUGGAGGUCCUAUUGAGAACGAAAAUGCAGGUGCCGAUGGGGACCUAGCCACGGCCGAUUCCAUUGGUUACGGUUAUUAUGCGGCUCCUGCUCCUCUGUACUAUGGCGGGUAUGGUGGAGGAUAUGGUGGUGGCUACAAGUACGGAGGAUACCGAAGCUAUGGAAGAUACUACGGCGGGUAUUACCGCCCGAGAAUUUAUCCUGUGUGGGGUUAGACCCAGUGACAUUUAAAAACUGAAACCGUUCCUAUAUUACCAUUGCAGUUACCAAAGAAAUUAUACAAGCCCCUCACAGCUUAACCCUUUCACUGACUUGAAACUCAUUUUGAUGUUUUGGCGAUGACGUUAGAGGAGUUUUUGACCCCAGGCACAAUUAACACCGGCAUAAUCGCAAUAAAAACAAAACAGUUUAUAUACAGA